AUGGCGUUUGCCAAUUACUGUUGCGAGAGCUUUGAGGCCUCUAGGAGGUCUCAAUCAUUUAUCUUCGAUGCUAUGCAUCAACAGUUCCAGAACAUGUUCCUUGCACCCGAAGCCCGCACAUUUCCUUCUCAGGCAGAAUAUGUGGCUUAUGCUAAUUGGCCUGAGGGCAGGCCAGAUUUUAUGGGGGGUACAGGAGGUGGUGCAAACCCUAAUGAUGAGAUGGAGGACGUCCUUGGUGAUGCUGGUCAACUUAAAGAAGCAUCUGAGACUUUUGUUAAGAUGCUUAAACAAGGCAUACCGCCUACCACAGUGACAUUCAAUACAAUGACAUUCAAUACAAUGACAUUCAAUACAAUGAUUCACAUUUGUGGAAACCAUGGACAGUUAGAGGAACUGAGUUCACUGCUGCAGAAAAUGGAAGAGGUGCGAUGCUCACCAGACACAAGGACCUAUAACAUUCUUAUCUCUCUACAUACUAAGCGUAAUGAUGUUGAUAUGGCAACAAAAUAUUUUAAAAGAAUGAAGGCGGCCCACCUUGAGCCAGAUCUUGUUAGUUACCGUACCCUCUUGUAUGCGUACAGUAUAAGGAAAUUGGUUUGUGAAGCAGAAGAGCUUAUAUCAGAGAUGGAUGAGAAGGGCCUCCAAAUUGAUCAGUUCAUCCAAUCUGCUUUGACUCGGAUGUACAUCGAAGCCGGAAUGCUUGAGCGGUCCUUGUUAUGUUUUCAUAGAUUUCAUCUGGCUGGCAAUAUGAAAUCUGAGUGCUAUGCUGCCAACAUUUAUGCAUAUGGAGAGCACGGACAUAUUUUUGGAAGCUGA